ACAGUCACUGCCAGGGACAGAGCCUUCUCACACAGGGAGGAGGAAGAGGACCCAGUUGGGUUAAAGCGCCCAGAGACUUCUGGCAGGAAAGGCGGCUGUGCUCCACGGCCUUCAGAUUUGAAGUCACAGCGACCUUCCGGAAUCUACACGACAGCUCAGCUAAAACUUCAGCGCUAGGCCACGUCGGAGCCGAGAAGUCAGCCCAAGACCACGCCGUCCGCCCAGCUCGCAGACGCUCCUCCUCAGAAGUUUGCAGGUGAUUCGCAAAAUGAUGAGCAUAUCUUUGCUUGGGGGGAUUGUGACAGCAGUGUGCUGUUGUUUAUGGCUUCUUCUUGGAAUGAGGAGAAGGCAAACGGGCGAACCACCUCUGGAGAAUGGGAUAAUUCCCUAUCUGGGUUGUGCACUGCAAUUUGGCGCCAAUCCUCUUGAGUUCCUCCGAGCAAACCAAAGGAAACAUGGUCACAUUUUUACCUGCCAACUCAUGGGAAACUAUGUCCACUUCAUCACAAACCCCUUGUCCUACCAUAAAGUGUUGUGUCAUGGAAAAUACCUUGACUGGAAAAAAUUUCACUUCACUGCUUCUGCAAAGGCAUUUGGGCACAGAAGCAUUGACCCCAGUGAUGGAAAUACCACCGAUAACAUAAAUAAAACUAUCAUCAAGACCCUGCAGGGUGACGCCUUGAAUUUGCUUGCCGAAGCCAUGAUGGAAAACCUCCAACUUGUCCUGAGACCCCAGGCGGUCCCCCAACCGGAGAAGCCCUCCUGGGUGACAGAGGGCAUGUAUUCCUUCUGCUACCGAGUGAUGUUUGAGGCUGGCUAUGUCACGCUCUUUGGCAAAGACCCUAUAGGGCACGAUGCACAGAAAGCACUCAUCCUAAACAACCUUGACAACUUCAAGCAGUUUGACAAGAUCUUUCCGGCCCUGGUAGCAGGCUUCCCGAUUCAUGUGUUCAAGACGGGCCACUAUGCCCGGGAGAAACUGGCCGAGGGCCUGCGGCUCCAGAAGCUCAGAAAGAGAGACCACAUCUCGGAACUGGUCAGGUUUCUGAACGACACCCUCUCCACCUUAGACGAUGCAGAGAAAGCCAAGUCGCUCCUCGCUGUCCUCUGGGCAUCGCAAGCCAACACCAUUCCGGCGACUUUCUGGUGCUUAUUCCAAACGAUUAGGAGCCCUGAAGCAAUGAAAGCAGCUUCUGAAGAAGUGAAUAAAACACUGGAGAAGGCGGGCCAAAAAAUUAGCUUGGAAGAUAAGCCUAUUUAUUUGAAUCAAAUAGAACUGGACAGCAUGCCUGUGCUAGACAGUAUCAUCAAGGAGUCUCUGAGGCUUUCCAGCGCCUCCCUCAACAUCCGGACUGCUAAAGAGGAUUUCACUUUGCACCUCCAGGACGGAUCCUAUAACAUCCGAAAAGAUGACAUCAUAGCGCUUUAUCCACAGUUAAUGCACCUGGAUCCAGAAAUCUACCCAGACCCUUUGACUUUUAAAUAUGACCGCUAUCUUGAUGAAAAUGGAAAGACAAAGACCACCUUCUACAGUCAUGGACUCAAGUUAAAGUAUUACUAUAUGCCCUUCGGGUCAGGGGCUACGAUCUGUCCUGGAAGAUUAUUUGCUGUCCAGGAAAUCAAGCAAUUUUUGAUUCUGAUGCUUUCCUAUUUUGACCUGGAGCUGGUGGAGAGCCACGUUAAAUGUCCCCCCUUGGACCAGUCCCGUGCAGGCUUGGGCAUUUUACCACCAUCAAAUGAUAUCGAGUUUAGAUAUAAACUCAAACAUCUGUGAACAUAUGGUUGGAAAAGAGGACAGCUGAUGACGUUACAAGACUGCAGAUUACCAGUCCCUUUGGACAGACGCUUGAAUGGUAGUAGAACGGAGGCGGCAGCAGAUCCAGUUGUGUUCACUAGUGCUUGCUUGUGCAUCUAACCAAUCUGGUGAUGGUUUCCAGAUGCUAUUUCAGACUCUGCAAGGGAAAAACAAAAACAAAAACAAAACUAGUGUCUAGAAGCACCAUAAUUUGUUUCCAUUUGAAUAAGUCAGUGAAUAUUCAUAGAACCAGGGACUGAAGAUUAUUUUCAGAGGAAAAAGUCUUUUUUUUUAGGGUGGAGAUAUUCCAAUUGGCAAACGUUUUUCUUUUUUUCCUAAGGAAAGAGCUUUAUUUUUAUAAAAGCCACCCAACUAUUAUGAAAAAGGUACAAAUUCACGUUUUAGUGAAACCGCAUGAUUUUUGACCAGAUGUGGGGUGCUUCGGGUGUAAAUGUGUACGAUAAAGGAUAUUUUGAAGGACAUAUCACGCCUUGUAAUAAAAAGAAAAUGUUUUUCAGGUUUCCCUCUACCCAGAAUUCAUGAUUUUAAAACAACUAUCUUGAUAUCCUGAAAAUAUUAAAGAUGGUUUUGAUAUUUUCCCCUUAGGUUUUGACUCACUGUUACUGGAAACCCUAAUGUCCAUGUCAGCUUUCGGCAAUCCUAUCCAUACUUUCUUUUCAUUAGAUUUCAUAUUAAUUGGAAGACUUUUUUCAGAAAAGGCAGGUUUUUUUUCUGACAUUACUAAACAUGCCUCUAUGAAAAGAAUGUAGCUCUCAUGUAAUAUAUUCUAAAAUUAAAAUUGAGUGAAUAUGCCUAAAGUGUUCAGGUAUGAAACAUGCAAAGAAUUCAUUAAGUGUGGCUUGCACUGUGUUUUAUUUAAAUACUUUUUAUCUUUAAAUGACUUGUAGUUGAAGGAAAAAUAACGUAAGCCACAUGGUUGUGUUUAACUACUGUGUACAACAGUGCUUUGGUAAAAUAUUUUAAGUACUGAAGAUAUUAGCUAUCAUAUUUUUAUUGAUAUUUCUGUUUGUAUGCAUGAAUUAUAUUUAACCUUUUCCUUGUACUACAAAUACUAAGAAUAUAUUGUAACAUUUGAUAAUGUCAAAAUGAUUCACCUUUCAGAAAUAAAAGUGUAAAUUUGUUAUGUUUUAAAUGUUAAAUAUUCA